AAUGAUCCAAUUGGCGGCUCCGUUACAAAAUACGGGCGGGACUAUUCUUCCAUAGCAACGCUGGGCUGCCUGGGAGUGGUGGCGGUUGUUUCAACAUGGCGGCAGCGAAUUCGAGAAGUGGAAAUUCGGGGAUAUUUUGGAUGAAUGGUGUAUCAGAGGAUGAAGAGCCUUUGGUGUUGGUUCCUGGAUUGGAAGGAGAGGCGAUGACUCGGACCUCUUUCAAUUCGGGAUCGGGCCGCACCGGUAGCAAGAGAGGUACCACGAUGCGAGGCAGGCGUGGCUACGACUGCAGUCCUCAGACGGCACUGAAGAAAUGUGGCAAGAAACCGGGUCACUUACAAAGGGAGCAAUCCGGGAUUCAUGCCAAGAAAAAAGUGUCAGCCCACCACAGUAUGACUCCAGUUUUGGGGCAUGCUCUUUCUCCAGCUGUGGGUACUUUUCUCCCCCCAACACAGGUGAGCUCUGAGGCCAGCAAGAGCCAGGUCUGUUUGAAAGACCUCUGUCCUGAAGAUAAACGCCGGAUUGCAAACCUUAUUGAAGAACUAGCCAGAGUAAGCGAGGAGAAAGAAGAAUCUGUGCAGCGUCUGAAAGAUGAGCAGGAACAUUUUGAGUGCAAGCUCCAGAAGCUGGAGCAACAGAACGUGAUCAUUGUGCAGGAGAGGGAGAGUCUGCAGCAGCAGUACAGAGAGUGCCAGGAGCUGCUUGGACUUUACCAACAAUACCUUUCUCAGCAACAGGCCAAACUUAACGAGUCCAUUGCACAGCUCAGCCAGGCUCCAGCCCAUAGCAAGGUGCUCAGCAGUGAGGAGGCCCCCAGCAGGGCAUCUAGCAGCAGAGCUAAUGGCUCACUGUGUGACGGCUCGUACCUCAGCCUAGCUGCCCCUCGAGCACAACAAGCGCACAUGAGAGGUGGUGGAGGAAGGGGAGCAAUACAAACCCCCUACAACCAUGCCCCUCUUUCCUGUGAUGGUGGGUUCAGUCCAGCCGAUGGGCCGACCAAACAGCGCAGGAUUCAGAAAGGGGAGAGCAGGGAGUCCUACCGCAGAUGUAAUCACUGCCUUGGUAGUGGUCCAGGCGGUGGCUGCGGUCUAGCUAAUGGCCACCAUGACACUUUUACGCAGCAUGAGUGCACAAGGCCCCACAGGGGGAGUGCCAAUGGCUCAGAGGCCCACGAAGCCCUCACCAGGCCUCUGAUGGGUCACGAGGACUGGGAGGACAAAAGGCACCAGCUGCUGCUGCAGAAAAUGCAGCUGGAGACGGAGAGGGAGAAGCUGCAGGCACGGCUGGCUGAGCAGGAGGAGAGGCUCAACAGGCAGAAUCAGGAGCUACAUCAGUCGCGUCUCGAUUACAGCAGGUUUCAACAAGCCGCUCAGUCCGAUCUCAGCAGCUCAAACACUAGAAAUGGAGACCCGCAGCUGGGGAAUGAGUCCCACCCAGAUUUACCCCCCAAUGCGUCUGAAGAUGCAGAGCUACAUCCUGCAGGACAGAGUUUGCAUGGAAAACAGCCACAAACCACCGCUGCUCGUCUGGAGACCGGCAAUGAGGCCUUCGAGCAGUCCAGAAAGGACACGGCCACGUCUCCUCUUAAGUCCUCUGCCAGCCGGAAUAAGCCCACCUCAGUGUCUGUGAUCCGAACGACCCCCCAGGCCAGGUUGGACUUUUCUCUGGUUGAGCUGCUGGACGUCUUUAGUCCUGUCUCUGCAUCGGAGCGACCUCGAAGACCCAAAUCGUCACAACGAAGGCUCAUUGCCCCCAAACCGGCGGGAAAGACCCUGCACCCCGCUGGGUCUUACCCUCCGAGCACCCAGCAGGACCUGGAGGAAAGCCAAAUACUGGAGGAUAUUUUCUUCAUUUGCUGACCCAGAAGAAAAAGGAUCCAGUCGCUUCAUGUUCACCUAUCUGCCCUUGAUUUUUUUUUAAUACAUUUAAUCUUCAGUUUAUGUUCUAAUACAGAAUAAUUAUGAUGUUGUCAAUUGCACUCUUGUUAUACUGUGGUUUUAAUACAAAUAAACAAAUAUUUAUUCUGAA